AUGGCACCAACAGGAACUGCAACAACAGGCAAACAACAGGAUGUUAGAUUACUUGCUACCACCGCUCUGAAGGGCUCCGUGAAGUCAGAUUCUAGAAGGGCAGGGACGCCCCGCUGCUCACCACCGAGCAGGCAGAGCCCCAGGCCAAGCCCAGCAGCCCGGCCCUGCCCUCCACACACGCGGCCAUGUGCCAGCAGGCGGCACUCGCCGCCUCCCCUGCUGCCGACACCCGGAUUCGCUGCAGGGAGCAGGGGCUCGAUCCCCCCCAGCAGCAGAACCCCCUUCAGAUAG